CGACAACUGAAGGAGAAAUGCUGCCCAGUAUCACGCAAGUUUGCAGACGCAAAACCCUCAAAGAGAUUAAAGCCCAAGGAUGAUCCAGCAAUGAAAGCCACCUGGAGGGGCGGGAUUAGAAACUCCAUCAGUUCUAAGAGCGAGCAGCCAGUGGGGCAGCAGCCAGGCUCACCCACGUGCAGGAGGCCUGCAGGAGGCAUCAAUGGGAGUAAAGAAAGUUCAAAGGAGAAAAAAGUAACAGUCUGCCAAGAUCUUGAGAGCAGAUAUGCUGAACAUGUGGCUGCCACCCAAGUGCUACCCCGGGUCAUUGGGACAGCGUCCUGGAAGGGCCGAGCCUCGCUUCCUGAGACCAGGAAGAGACAGCAGUUGUCGGAGGACGCGUUAACCAUCCACGGCCUCCCCACAGAGGGCUACCGGGCUCUGUACCACGCAGUGGUGGAGCCGAUGCUGUGGAAUCCUUCAGGGACCCCCAAGAGGAAGUCAGAGUUUGGAGUCUCCAUACAGUUCCCAUUUCCACGGAAGAGUUCCUUCUGAGCUCAGGCUCCGGGGCCGCCACUCUCCACCGGGCGAGAUCUCAGUCCUGGGAGAGAGAGAACAACGGUCAGGGGAGGAAGCCAGCCCCGCAGGCUUUGGGCGCCACACGCAGGGACCAGGAAAGGGACCUGGAGGCCCAUCCCAGCCUGUGGCGGGCUCUCGGGAAGUGACAGCUCUCGAUCCUGGACGGACUGCGUACAUGGUAAAGGGCUGAAGCGGAGCCGCCUUUCUGAGGGCCCCGGAGCCUUCUAGAGAGCCAGCGUCCCUCAUCGGGCUGUGCAGAGCCUUCUGGAAACCCUUAGGCAGCAUGAAAACACCACGUACAAAAGAUGUGCCUUGGGCUCUGUUGCAGGCACC